AUGCCUACUCGCGCCGACAUCACCUACUUUGGCGCUGGCCCGGCUGCGCUGCCGACCGAUGUGCUCGAGACCGCUGCCCAGGCUCUGCUGAACUACAACAACACUGGAUUGGGCAUUGCUGAGCACAGCCACCGCUCCGAGCUGGCCACAAAUAUCAUCAACGAGGCCAAGGCCGACCUGGCUACCUUCCUCGACAUCCCCACGGACGAGUAUGAGACUAUCUUCAUGCAGGCAGGCGGCACCGGCGAGUUCGCCGCCUCCGUCUACAACCUGGUAGGCGCCUGGGUUGCGCGGCAGCAUGCCGCCGUGCUGAAGGAGCUGGGCGCAGAUGCCGACGAGGCCAAGGUCGUUGAGGCUCUGCGGAAGCGCGUCCAGUCCCGUCUCAAGCUGGACUACAUCGUUACCGGCGGCUGGUCGCUCAAGGCUUACCAGGAGGCUGUCCGCCUUCUGGGCCCUGAGUACGUCAACUUGGCUGCCGACGCGCGCACCAUCAAUGAUGGCAAGUUCGGCAAGAUUCCCGACCAGUCUACCUGGAAGCUGAGCGAGGAUGCUGCUCUGGUCUACUACUGCGACAAUGAAACCGUCGACGGCGUCGAGUUCCCCGAGUUUCCCUCGGUCUUGGCCCCACGCGCCGACGGCUCGGGCCCCAUUGUCGUCGCUGACAUGUCCUCCAACAUCCUGUCCCGGCGCUUUCCUGUCCGUAACUACUCGCUGCUGUUCUUCGGUGCCCAGAAGAACCUUGGCUGCACCGGCGUCACGGUUGCUGUUAUCAAGAAGUCUCUGCUGCCGCCGAAUACUGUGCAGCCCACCCCUACCCUGCUGAGGAAGCUCGGCCUGCCCAUCCCUCCGAUCAUCCUUCAGUACGAGACCAUCGCCAAGAACAACAGCUUGUACAACACUCUGAGCAUCUUCGACGUCUACAUUGCCGGCCAGGUGCUCAAAAAGCUUCUGCGAACGUUCCCCGACAAGGUUGAUGGCCAACAGAAGGUUGCCGAGCAGAAGGCCAACCUGCUCUAUGCUGCUCUCGAGGCUCAUCCGGACGUCUACCGCAUUGUGCCGGACAAGUCGGUGCGCAGCAAGAUGAAUAUCUGCUUCCGCGUUACCAAGGGCGGCAACAUCGACGAGGCCGAGAAGGCUUUCCUCAAGGAGGCUACCAGCCGCGGCCUGACUGGCCUCAAGGGCCACCGCAGCGUCGGUGGUAUCCGUGCCAGCAACUACAACUCGAUUCCCCUGGAAGGUGCCCAGAAUCUGGCCAAGUUCAUCGAGGACUUUGCCAAGGCAUAA